ACCCCCAACAAGGGGGAAAUCCCGCUGGGACCGACUGUUCCCCAUCCCUCCUCCAGGGGGCGCCUUCCGGCAGUCCCUCGCGGCAGCCCAUUUCCUGCUCCAGUGGAAGGCCGAGUGCCAUUUCUUCAACGGGACGCAGCGGGUGCGACACCUGGACUGGUACAUCUACGACCGGCAGGAGAUCGACUACUUCGACAGCGAUCUCGGGAAAUUCGUGGCCGUCACUCCGUUGGUGCAGCCCGAUGUGGACAAGUGGAACAGCGAUAAGGCCAUCCUGCAGUACCAGAAGGCCUCCGUGGAUCGCUUCUGCCGAAAGAACUACGAGGUUUUCCAGAGCAAUUCCGUGGUUGGCCGGAGAGGGACGGGGAUCGUGUCAGCCGUGAUCGGGGUGAUCUUCUUCACCAUGGGGCUCUUCCUCUACCUGAAGAGCAAGAAAG